AUGCAAUUGGGAGUUAUUUUUGUAAGUUACACACCAGAGAUUAAAGUUUAUUGUUCAAAUAAUUUAAUAAAAACAUGUUUUAGUGUCUAUUUGUGGUGGGAACCAAGGCAGAUGUGGUGAUACUCAACAACGAGAACUUUGACGGCGUCAUUGGUAAGCGAAAAAAGCAAUUGGUUUACUUUUUAGCAAACAAUAAGCUCGUUUUUGUAAAUUUUUAUGCGGAAUGGUGCCGUUUCUCACAAAUUUUGAAACCAAUUUUUGAAUCUGCCAGUCAGAAUUUCAAGGUAAGUAUUGUCAAAUCAUUCGUAUAUAAUUUCAAGGAUAACGCAAAUCAAGUGGCUUUCGGAUCCGUCGAUUGUGACAAACAACGUAAGGUAUCUUAUGCAUUGUUGAGCCCUUUAUGUUUUAGCCGUAAUUGCACAACGUUUUAAAGUAAACAAAUAUCCUACUCUGAAGUUGUUCAGACAUGGUCAAUUAGUCAAAAAAGAAUACCGGUGAGUCUUAAAAAUUUAUACAGUAUGCGUCAUAAUUAUAACCGCACUUUAAAAAUGAGUGUAACUUUUGUGAUUGUGAAUAGAAAUGUGUGAUAUUUGGCACCAAUGUGCAUCAGUGUACUAGAAAUGAUGUCCCAAAAAAUUAUUUUGAAGAGUUUCCGUAUUUUAGAGAAAAGCUGGAAAAACCAAAAUUAAGAUACUUUUCGGUGUCGCAAAAUUAUAACCGCACUUGCGAAUUUGGGGUACUACCCUAAUAAAAACACAGGAUAUCAAUAACCGAUGUUUAGUUACGCUCCCUGAGGCCUCAAUAACGCCCAUCACACGACCCGAAACCCUCUGGGCAAAAUUUUUUGGCGCAUACUGACCCAUCUUGUCCCUGAAUCGGAAAACGGCAGAUUUUCGCUCAGUUGGACCGUUGGGCUCAAGUUGUGAGGAACUUCCUGGUCGUCUCGGAAGCCUUUAGCAAAUCUAAAUGUUAUGGCAGACAAAAGUUGACCACUGCUUCUGGUUGAAGAGAAAUAAUCCGCCGGACUUCUAACUCCGCCAUAUCUGGGGUUCACUUAAAUCGAAACUGAGCUUCAUUAGUAGCGGAAGCACCGUGAUGAGGGUCGGAAAACACAGCGACGUCAUCAUAAGGUAUUAUGUGAAGCUGUGACCCCAGCUGACCCCGGUUUACGGCAAUCGACAGCCGAAAUUUGCCAAGGAGACAUUCACAACAGAGGUUGAUUAGUGGAAGGUCGCUGAAACCGACGUUAGACCGUUGCAAUACCAUAUUCUUUGUGGAUUGCGUAGUCACACGAUGCCCUGACGGUUUUACAUACCAAAGGCAUGACAUUAAAAACGUAUCGCGUCGCUUCUCCUGUCGUAAUUAUAGAGGCCGCCCGUUGAUGACUUCGGGCGCCUUCAAAAAAGCCGGAGGCCUUCCGUCCGCGGCCACAGCAACUCAAAUGAAUAGCUUCGAGUACUACGAAGUCUUAGGCGAACAUCUGGUACCGUACUGGCAAUCUGGCUAUACUUUUGUUGGAGAAUGCCCACGUCCACCAUAGCAGGUCGACAUACCAGUUCCUUUGACAGCAAGGCAUUUGCCACCAUAGACUCGCUCGCAUAUUCCCUGGGUUUAAAUCCGAUAGGAAACUUGUGGGGCCUCCUAGCCCGUUUGAUUACAUCGCUACCUAUGCCGUUUUCCGAUUCAGGGACAAGAUGGGUCAGUAUGCGCCAAAAAAAUUUGCCCAGAGGGUUUCGGGUCGUGUGAUGGGCGUUAUUGAGGCCUCAGGGAGCGUAACUAAACAUCAGUUAUUGAUAUCCUGUGUUUUUAUUAGGGUAGUACCCCAAAUUCGCAAGUGCGGUUAUAAUUUUGCGACACCGAAAAGUAUCUUAAUUUUGGUUUUUCCAGCUUUUCUCUAAAAUACGGAAACUCUUCAAAAUAAUUUUUUGGGACAUCAUUUCUAGUACGCUGAUGCACGUUGGUGCCAAAUAUCACACAUUUCUAUUCGCAAUCACAAAAGUUACACUCAUUUUUAAAGUGCGGUUAUAAUUAUGACGCAUACUGUAUAAAUUUUUCUUUAGAGGGCAACGAUCCGUAGAUGCGUUUACUGAUUUCAUCAAGAAACAAAUCGAAUCCACCGUCAAACAUAUCAGUGAAGAAGACAACCUUGAUACUUUAUUAGAUGUAAGUAAUAUUUUACCGACGGAGUGAGAUGUCUUGUUUUUAGGGUAAAUCACGAAACAUAAUCGGGUACUUUAACGCCCCUCAGGGUGAAGAAUAUAAUAACUUCCAAAAGAUUGCUUCUGUCCUUCGGGAUGAAUGUCAUUUUUACAUCGGGAUUGGCGAGUGGUCCAAGAAGAAGAACAUUGCUGGAAACCACAUUGUUUUUAGGGACCGUAAUGGAGAGAAGGAGUUUAACGGGCCUAUUGCGGGAUACCAACAUCUCCUGGAUUGGGCCAAUUCAAAUUGUGUGCCCUUGAUCAGAGAAAUCACUUUUGAGAAUGCCGAAGAGCUGACUGAAGAAGGAAUCCCUUUCUUAAUACUUUUCCGGACACUUGGAGACAAGAAAUCGGAGGAAGAAUUUGCAUCCGUAGUUUUGAAGGAGCUAGGAGAUCAGAAGAGUAAGGUUGUUUGUGGAACCACAUUAUUUUAAGGUUCGGUUAACGUCCUUAUGGCCGAUGGCAAGAAAUUCGCUCAUCCGCUCUAUCAUUUGGGAAAGAAGGAGUCGGAUCUCCCGGUCAUAGCCAUCGACUCCUUCAGGCAUAUGUUUCCUUUCUCCAGUUUCAAUGAUAUCUUGCAAGUCAAUAUUAUUAUAGCAUUUAACACCCCUUUUAGCAUUCCCGGCAAUCUACGACAAUUUGUGGAGGAUCUUCAUUCGGGGAAGCUUCAUCGGGAAUAUCAUCAUGGUCCGGACAAACAGGUAGGUCCAAGCUGAGGGAUAAUUGAUUUUAGCCUGCACAGUCUCCCCCUCCUGAAAGUGUUUUCAAUAAAUUAAAACCGUCGGAUAACCGAUAUUCGUUACUCAAGGAUGAACUCUGA